GACAAACUGCGCCUCUACUACGCCUAUCAGACCAAGAUCCUGCGGCUGGACCCGCGGAAGAAGGACGUGGAGGUGGUGGCCAACACGACGGCCGCCAGCGGCGUCGACUACCACUACCAGAAGGGCAUGCUGUUCUGGUCCGACACCGACACAAGGAAGGUGUACCGGAGCCGGCUGAACCAGGACCCGGGUACGGCGGUGCUCAACAUCAGCACCAGCUCCACGUGGUCGCCCGUGGCCGUGGCCGUUGACUGGAUCGGAAACAACGUCUAUGUUGCCGACAUGAUCGGUCAGAAGGUGGACGUGUUCACCAUCGACGGCAAACACCACGCCAUCGUCAUCGGCUUCAACCUGACCAGCCCGCGAGACGUGGCGCUCGACCCGCUCAUGGGGUACAUGUUUGUGGCCGACCAAGACCGGAUCGUGCGCGCCAACAUGGACGGCACGGAGCUGCGCGCGCUUGUGUCGGAGGCCAUCUACCAGGCGUCGGGAGUCGCUGUGGACAUCAUCACCAAACGAGUCUACUUCUGUGACUCGCUGCUCGACUACAUCGAGACGGUCGACUACGAGGGAGAGUUCAGGUUCCCGGUGCUGCGCGGCUCCACCAACGUGCCGGCGCCCAGUCGGCUGGCGCUGUUCGAGCGGCGCGUCUUCUGGACGGAUGUGAUCCGCCAGGGCGUGGUGCAGGUGGACAAGUUCAACGGCCUGCCCUCGGUGCGCAACGUGCACACGGACAAGGACACGCCGGGAGAGCCGCGCGCCAUCCGCGCCGUGCACCCGCUGCUGCAGCCGCAGCUGCCGUCUCCGUGCGGUGAGAACAGCCUGUGCCAGCACCUGUGUCUGCUCACCCAAAACACGGAAAAGAACGGCCUGGGCUACAGGUGCGGCUGUGAGGUGGGCUUCUACCUGCGUGCCAACAAGAUGGAGUGCAUGCCCGUCCAAGAGUUCCUGAUGUAUUCGCAGCAGAAGUUCAUCAAGGGACAGGUUCUGGAUCCGGUGGCCUCCAACAUGAACGACGCCAUGAUGCCGAUUGUGUCCCGCACGGCGCGCUUCGUCGGCCUCGACUUCGACUACCGGGCGCACAAGAUCUACUACUCGGACGUGCUACUGGACGUCAUCUACCGCAUCAACCGCGACGGUACCGGCCGAGAGAACGUGCUGGCCUCGCAGAACGAGGGCGUCGAGGGUCUGGCGCUCGACUGGAUCUCGGGAAACCUAUACUACAUCGACAGCCGCAAGGCCACGCUGAACGUGAUCAACACGGGGGCCACGCGGAUCCGACGCACGCUGCUGAAGAACCUGGCCCGGCCGCGCGCAAUCGCCGUCCACCCCAACAAGGGCUACAUUUUCUUCUCGGAGUGGGACCGGCCGGCCAACAUCAGCCGCGCCUACGCCGACGGCAGCAACGUCAUGGUGUUCAAGAACGUGCUGCUCGGCUGGCCCAACGGCCUGAGCAUCGACUACGACAGCGACCGGCUGUACUGGUGCGACGCGCUGCUGGACCACGUGCAGCACGCCAACCUAGACGGCACAGACGUCAAGACCAUCACCAGCCGCAACAUCAAGCACCCCUUCUCGCUGGUCAUCUUCAGAGACCACCUGUACGUGACGGACUGGCGUCUGGACGCCAUCGUUCGGCUCAACAAGCUGACCGGCGCCGACGAGACUACCGUGGCGCGCGUCCAGGAGUCCAACCGGCUCUUCGGCAUCAAGGUCUACGCGCAGGACAUCCAGAAGAUCAACCCGGAUCAUCCGUGCAAGGAGAACAACGGCGGCUGUGACAGCUUCUGUUUCCCGAUCCCGGACAACACGACGGCCAGCGGCCUGGUGGCCAAGUGCGACUGUCCGUACGGCAUGAAGCUGCGCUCAGACCUGCGCCGCUGCGAGGACGCGCCGGACGCCGAGCCGCCCGUCGAGGCGUGCCCCAACGAGUGGGACUUCACGUGCGCCAACCAGCGCUGCAUCCCCAACCCGUGGGUGUGCGACGGAGACGACGACUGCCUGGACAACUCUGACGAGGAGCAGAACUGCACGGCGCCCACCUGCUCGGAGGAGCAGUUCGCCUGCGCCAGCGGACGCUGCAUGCCGCUCUCCUUCAAAUGCGACUCGGACAACGACUGUGGUGACUUCUCCGACGAGACGGGCUGCGUGAACGUCACUUGCGACGAGCACGAGUUCAAGUGCUCCAACGGUCGCUGCAUCCCGUCGGCGUGGAAGUGCGACUCGGAGGACGACUGUGAGGACGGCUCGGACGAGGGCGAAUUCUGCGCCGAGAAGACGUGUACCUCGUACCAGUUCAGCUGCCCCUCCGGCCACUGCAUCCCGCAGUCGUGGGUGUGUGACGGCGACAACGACUGUCUGGACAACAAGGACGAGGAGGGCUGUCCGCCGGUCACCUGCUCGGCCAACCAGUUCAAGUGCGCUAACCUCAAACAGUGCGUGCACGAGUCGUUCAAGUGUGACGGCAUCCCCGACUGCCUGGACGGCAGUGAGGAGGCCGGCUGCCCGACCGUGUCGCCCGACAGCUGCAACCCCGAGAAACAGUUCAGGUGUGAGAAGUCGGGUAUCUGCAUUCCCAAGACGUGGUACUGCGACGGUAACGCCGACUGCCUGGACAAGUCGGACGAGCCCGACUCCUGCGGCCAGGUCGAGUGCAGGCCCAGCUUCUUCAAAUGUAACAACACCAACUGCGUGUACGGCGGCCUGGUGUGUAACGGCGAGGACGACUGCGGGGACGGCAGUGAUGAGGACGCCAUGCACGCCUGCAAGAAGCCGCCGGCCACGUGUUCGUCGGACGAGUGGCGCUGCCCGGGCGUCUCGGACCGCUGCAUCCCCCGAAAGGUAGUCUGCGACAACAAGCCGGACUGCCCGAACGGCGCCGACGAGGGCCCCGGCUGCGGCCUGGCCGAGUGCCAGUCGGACAAAGGCGCCGCCUGCAACCAGGGCUGCAUGGAGACGCCGGCCGGCGCCGAGUGCCUGUGCGCCGCCGGCGAGCGGCUCAACGGCACCGCCGAGUGCGUCGACAUCGACGAGUGCGCCGUGCCCGGCAAGUGCUCGCAGCUGUGCCACAACACCAAGGGCUCGUACUUCUGCACGUGCGCACCCGGCUACAACGUGACCGUCGACAAGCACGGCUGCAAACCGGCCAAGAAGGAGGAGGCGGUGCUGAUCAUCUCCAACCGGCGCUCCAUCCUGAUGUCCAACAUCAACGAGACGUCGGUGGAGCGGCUGCCGAUUUCUGUCGAGAACGUGGUGGCCACAAUCUCGGACACUGUCACCGACACGCUCUACUGGUCCGACAUGAAGGUCAAGAAGAUCAUGCGCCUCAAGAAGGGCGGCCAGCCGCAGGAGGUGAUCAGCAGCGGCCUGGAUCUGGUCGAGGGCCUGGCCUUUGACUGGAUCACGGGCAACCUCUACUGGGUGGACUCGAGGCUGGGCGUUAUCGAGGUGGCCGACCGCGACGCCACCAGCCGGAUCGCGCUCAUCAACACAGACGUGGACCAGCUGCGGGGUCUGGCGCUGGACCCCUCCGAGAGCUCGCGGUUCCUGUUUUGGUCCGACUGGGGCGCCCGGCCGCGUAUCGAGCGCUCCGGCCUGGAUGGCUCCAACCGCACCACCAUCAUCACGUCCAAGAUCUACUGGCCCAACGGCCUCACACUGGAUAUCCCCAAUCGGCGCGUCUACUUCGCCGACAGCAAGCUCGACUACAUCGACUUCUGCAACUACGACGGAUCGGGCAGACAGCAGGUUCUGGCCAGCAGCCACUACCUGCUGCACCCGCACAGUAUCGCCGUGUUCCUGGACACGGUCUACUGGACAGACCGCCAGCUGAACCGGGUGCUCUCGGCGCACAAAUUCAGCGGCGCCAACCAGUCGGUGGUCACACACCUGGUCUCGCAGCCGCUCAGUAUCCACAUCGCGCACUCGGUGCUGCAGCCCAACGGCAGCAACCCGUGCGCGGCCGCGCGCUGCGACCACCUGUGUCUGCUGGCCCCCGGGCAGCCCGGCUUCGCCUGCAAGUGUCGGCCCGGCUACAAGCUGGCAGAGGACAAUCGCACCUGUACUGUUGAGGAGCGCGCCUUCCUGCUGCUGCUGGCCGGUAACCGGGUGACGGACGUGUCGCUGACGCCCGACCAGGCGCGCGCCGGCCUCCUCACGCCGAUUGUGGGCGUCGAGCGCUCCACCAGCCUCGACUACGACCACCAGUCGCAGACCGUCUUCUGGGUCGGCAUGACAGAGACCGGCAUCGGAGAGGACGACGAAAACGGCACCAUCUACAGCCGCGCCGUGUCGGGGGGCAACGUCACCGAGUUCCUGGUGAACGGCGUCAUCGGCACACCCUACUGCAUCGCCUACGACUGGGUGGGCGACAACAUGUACAUCGGCAACCAGCGCGCCUCAAACAUCGAGGUGGUCAGCGCACAGGGCAAGAACCGCUACCGCAAGAUCGUCAUCGGCAACAACGGCACAGAGGAGGGCGUCGGCAAACCGGUGGCCAUCGUGCUCGACCCGUCUGAGGGUAAGCUGUACUGGGCGGACGCCGGCGGCGUGGGCGUGCCGCCCAAGAUCGGCAAGGCCGGCAUGGACGGCUCCAAGCUGCAGGUGCUGGUAAAGGACAUCCAGCACCCGCUGUCGCUGGCCAUCGACAUCCAGACCAAGGUCAUCUACUGGAGCACCGAGAACCCGCCCUCGAUAAUGAGCGCCGGUGUGGACGGCACCAACGUGAAGACGCUGAUGAGCUCGGGUAUCAGUCAGCCGCGCAGUAUCGCUAUCCACGAGCAGCGUCUGUUCUACCUGGACUCUGCGUACGAACAGGUGGCCCGCCUGGACCUGCCCGAGGGCGACAACAAGGUGCUGCUCAUGAACAACACGGAGGCGCUCAACAGCCUCAAGGUGUUCUCAAAGAGACCGGUGACGGCCAACCACCCGUGUCGCACGCGGAACGGCAACUGCGCGCACCUGUGUAUCCCCGCGGCCGAGGGUGGCCGAGUGUGCGCCUGUGCCAUCGGCUACCGGGACGACGGGCCCACGCGCUGCACCGGCUACGACUCGUUCGCCAUUGUCAGUCAGCUGGACGUGGUGCGCGGCUUCAGUCUCAGCGACCACAGCGAGGCCAUGGCGCCCAUUGCGGGCCCAGGUCACAACGUACUCCAUGUGGACGUGCUGUUCAAGGCCAAGUACAUCUACUGGGUGGAGUUCAACCUGCUCGGCAAGAACGGCAUCUACCGCGCCCGGCCGAACGGUACCGACAUGGAGGCCAUAGUGUCGAGCGGCGUGGGCUCGAACGGCAUCCGCGGCAUCGCCGUCGACUGGAUCAACGACAACGUCUACUUCACCAACUCGUUCCCGCACGAGACGUUCCUGGAGGUGUGCCGCACGGACGGCCAGCACCGCAUGGUGCUCUUCAAGACCAUCAAGGACUCGCCCAAGGAGAUCGCCGUCAACCCCGUCAAACGCUACCUGUACUGGAUCGACUACGGUCAGAACCCCAAACUGUCCCGCUCCCAGCUGGACGGAAACGGCACAACGCGGAUCGUCACCAGAGGUAUCAGCCAGCCGCGUGACCUGACAAUCGAUAUGCUCACCCACGACGUCUACUUCGCCGACUCGAGUAUGGACGCCAUCAUGAAGGUGGAUUACCAGGGCAACAGCCGGCAGGUGAUCCGCCGCAACCUGCCCAACCCGGUCGGCCUGGCCGUCCACCUGGGCGACCUGUACUGGGUCGACCGCAACCUGCGCACCGUCUUCCGCGCCUCCAAACUGGCCGGCAACACCACCGAGGCGCAGAGCCUCAAGUCCGGCCUGGAGACACUCCGGGACAUCAGCAUCUUCGACGCCAACAACCAGCCGACCGGGAAGACGCCGUGCGCCAGCGCAGGCUGCGAGCAGCUCUGCUUCGCGCUGCCCGAGGGCGACGACAAGGGCGGCCUGCUGUCGGGCGGCUACCGGUGCGCUUGCGCCACGGGCACGCUGGCUACCGACCGACGCCGCUGCUCGCAGAGCGAGGACUACCUCAUCUUCACCACACGCACCGAGAUCCACAGCGUGCACAUGGACCCGCGCGUUACCAGCGUGCCCUUCGAGCCCAUCACCAACUUCACCAACGUGGUGAACAUCGACGCCGACGUGGCCGACGGAAAGCUACUGUUCACCGAGGUCAGCCCGCCCGACCGAAUCGGCUGGCUGGCCAUGGACGCGCUACGCGCCGGAAACGGAACAACCAUCAUAUCGGGUGAUGAGACUGCGAUGGACCCGACCGGCAUCGCGUACGACUGGAUCGGAAAGAAGGUGUACUGGGCGGACUCUCGCAACCACUCGAUCUACGCCAUGAACCUGGACGGCUCGCACGUGGUCAUGCUGGCCAAUGUGGAGCGGCCGCGCUCGCUGGUGCUCGACCCGUGCAAGGGAUACAUGUACUUCAUCGACUGGAACAGGUACGGCUCUCGCGCCAAGAUUUUCCGCGCGACGAUGGCCGGCUCGUUCAAGGAGGCGAUCGUCGAGUCGAACCUGACGCAGCCGUCGGGCCUGGCGCUGGACCGCGCCGACCAGAAGAUCUACUGGACCGACCUGCUGAGGGAGAAAAUCGAGCGCGCCACGGUCAACGGUACCCAGCGAGAGGUGCUGAUUGCUGCCACGCUGUUCCCGUACGGUAUAGCGGUGCACGGCAACUACAUAUACUGGACGGACCUGCAGCUGCGGGGCGUGUACCGGGCAGAGAAGCACACCGGAGCCAAUACUGAGGAGAUUGUUGGCCGCCUGGACGGUACUCCACGCGACAUCCUCGCCUUCUCUAAGGACAGCCAAAAGUGCGAGCCGGCGCGCAACCCGUGCGAAAUCAACAACGGAGGGUGUGCGCAGAGCUGCCACCCCAGCAUUAAUGGCACGGUGGAGUGUAAGUGUAACACGACCACCAAGCUGGUGAACGAGGGCAAGAUGUGCGUCACCACGGACCUGACGUGCGACAACAACAAGUUUGUGUGCGGUAACGGCAAGUGCAUCAGCCGGCUGUGGGCGUGUGACGGGGAGGACGACUGCGGAGACGGUACCGAUGAGGACGAGAACUACUGCACGUUCCACACAUGCAGUCCGUCCGAGUUCCGCUGCGGCAACGGCCGGUGCAUCUUCAACUCGUGGAAGUGUGACCACGAGGAUGACUGCGGCGACGGGACGGACGAGAUCGACUGCGACUACCCGCCCUGCGCCGACGGAGAGUUCACGUGCGCCAACCACCGCUGCAUCUCCAUGGCAGACGUGUGUAACGGCGUGAACGACUGCCGCGACAACAAGACGUCCGACGAGUCCCUGGAGCGGUGCAAGAACACCACCACCACAUGUCCGGCCGGCCACCGCAAGUGCGAGACGACCAACAUCUGCGUGGAGCCGUACUGGCUGUGCGACGGCGACAACGACUGCGGCGACAAUAGUGACGAGGACGAGCUGCACUGCAAGGAUCGCCACUGUCCCAACAACAGCUUCAGGUGCUCCAACCACCGCUGUAUCCCGGCCACCUGGCACUGCGACGGAGACGACGACUGCGGAGACGGAGCAGACGAGCCCGCCGACUGCAAGUCCAAGGAGCGCACCUGCUUCGGCGACCUCUUCACCUGCGACAACGGCAACUGCAUCCCGCGCAUCUACAUCUGCGACGGCGACAACGACUGUCUGGACGGCUCAGACGAGGAUGAGAAACACCAGUGCAACAACCGUCAGUGCUCCAAGGAUGAGUUCGCGUGCACGGAGAACAAAAAGUGGGGCCGCGCGCUGUGCAUCCCGAGGCGGUGGGUGUGUGACGGCGACCCGGACUGCGUGGACGGCGCCGACGAGGAUCGGGUGCACGCCAACUGCACCGAGCUACCCAACACGUGCACAGAGGAGCAGUUCACCUGCAACAACGGACGCUGCAUCAACAGCAAAUGGGAGUGCGACCACGACAACGACUGCGGCGACGGCAGUGACGAGGGCAAAUCGUGCAACACCCGCUACCGCAACUGCACCGCCGACGAGUUCGCCUGCGACAACGCCAAGUGCGUGCGGAAGGCGUACCACUGCGACGGGGACGACGACUGCGGCGACUACUCGGACGAAAAGGACUGCUCCAAGGAGGAGACCGAGUGUCCCCCGGGAGAGUUUUCGUGCGGCGGCAAGGACCUCGAGAAGCGCUGCAUCAAAUACGAGCUCGUCUGUAACAAGGUGGACGACUGUGAGAACGGCGCUGACGAGCCGCUGCACUGCAACGUCGACGAGUGCGCCAAGACGGAGCUGCACCAGUGCGGACACAAGUGUGUCAACACCCUCACCGGCUACUAUUGCGAAUGCAACUCCGGAUACAAGCUGAUGGCCGACAAGAAGGCGUGUGAGGACCUGAACGAGUGCUCAGAGCAGAUCAGCAAGUGUUCUCAGAAGUGCUUCAACAUGCCGGGCUCGUUCGCCUGCAAGUGCGACGAGAAGUACUACGACAGAGAGCUGGACGGCUACACGUGUAAGCGGCGCGACAACAUCGAGCCGUGGCUCAUUAUCACCAACAAACACUACGUGCGCAAUAUCUCCACGGACGGCGCUCACUACACGCUCAUGCACCAGAACCUGCAGAACGUAGUGGCGCUCGACUUUGACCUGAAGGAGGACCGACUCUACUUCGCUGAUGUCGGCGACAAGAAGAUCCACAGGACGGUCCGCAAUGACAGCGGUGACUUCUACGAGCCCAUCAUCACCAGUGGGACGGGCGGCCUGGAGGGCCUCAGCGUCGACUGGGUGGGCCGCAAGCUCUACUGGCUGGACCGGCACGAGAAGCACCUGGACGUGUCCAACCUGGACGGCUCGUACCGGCGCACGCUGAUCAACCGCGGCCUGACCGACCCGCGAGCCAUUUCCGUCCACCCGGGCAUCGGGUACAUUUUCUUCACAGACUGGAACUUGCAGUCGUUCAUCGGUAAGGUCGGCAUGGACGGCAGCAAUUUCACGCGCAUCCUGACAUUCAACGACAAGGUUAUCUGGCCCAAUGCGCUCACAAUCGACUUCUUUGCCGAUAAGAUCUUCUGGGCGGACGCGCACAUGGACUACAUCGCCUACUCGGACUUCGAGGGUCGCGGACGGCACGAGGUUCUUCAGGGCGCCAACGUUCACCACGUGUUUGCUCUGACCGUCAUCGACGACACGCUCUUCUGGACCGACUGGAACCUCAAGGCGGUGGUGCGCGCGCACAAGUUCACCGGAGAGAACGUGUCCAUUCUGCGCAACACCACGCACCGUCCGUACGACAUCAAGGUGUAUCAUCCGCUGCGGCAGCUGGCCUAUCCGAACCCUUGCGCCGAGAACAACGGCGGCUGCUCGCACCUGUGCCUGCUGUCGCCCAAACGCGACGGCGGCGUCCGCGCCCAGUGCGCGUGUCCUGACGACUACAAGACACGCGCUGACGGCCGUACUUGCGUGCACAACUGUCCGCCCCGCACCCACCGCUGCGGCCCGCCCGACGACAUCUGUAUCCCCUGGUUCAGCAAAUGUGACGGCGUGACACAGUGUAAGGACGGCUCGGACGAACACGACUGUCCGCCGCGAGUGUGCGAGGCCGGCCUGUUCCAGUGCAAAAACAACAACUGCACCACGUCGGCGGCAUUCUGCAACCUGAUUGACGACUGCGGCGACAACUCGGACGAGGAGAACUGCGCCCACGAGUGUCCCGAGCACAUGUUCCGCUGCACCAAAAACGGCUACUGCAUCAACGAGUCGUGGAAGUGCGACGGCGACGCCGACUGUACCGACGGCACGGACGAGUCCGAGGAGAUCUGCCACGUGGGCGGCUGUGACAAGGACACCCAGUUCGCCUGUAAGAACGGCAAGUGCAUCGCCAAGCUGUGGUCCUGCGACGGCGACAACGACUGUGGGGAUGACAGUGACGAGCCGGCGCACCUCUGCAGGCAGCGGAACUGCACGGAGGGCUGGUCGCGGUGUCCCGGCUGGGCCAACUACCGCUGUAUUCCCGACUGGCUGUUCUGUGACGGAAAGGACGACUGCCGCGACGGCUCCGACGAGCUGGAGGAGAACUGCCACCCGUGCGGCGCCACAGAGUUCCAGUGCAGCAACAAACGCUGCAUACCAGAGCGCUGGCUGUGCGACUUCACCAACGACUGCGGCGACAACUCGGACGAGGAGCCCGGCAUGUGCAAGAACCGCUACCGCGAGUGUUCAGAGUCCGAGUUCCGCUGCGCCAACGAGAAGUGCAUCCCGAACCGGUGGCGCUGCGACCACGACAACGACUGCGACGACAACAGCGACGAGGAACAGUGCGCCGACUUCAAGUGCCAGGCUGGCCAGUUCCAGUGCGCCUCUGGCCACUGUAUCGGCUCCAAGUUCCGCUGUGACGGCGGCCGCGACUGCCACGACCUGUCGGACGAACUCGGCUGUCCGCCGCGCUUCCCCGGCGGCCGCUUCUGUCCCGAGGAUCAGUUCCAGUGCGACAACCACCUGUGCGUGCGUAAACGGGACGUCUGCGACGGCCGGGACGACUGCUGGGACGGCAGCGACGAGCGAGACUGCCAGAGCCACGAGUGCGAGGGCCUGCACCGGUUCCGCUGCGACAACGGCCGGUGCGUGCCGCGCUUCAAACUGUGCGAUAAGAAGGACGACUGCGGCGACGGUUCAGACGAGAAUGAUCUGACCGUCUGCUCCGACAGGCACCGGUUCUGUCGGUACGGCGAGUUCCGCUGUGCCAAUGGCCAGUGCGUGGACCGCGCCAAGCUGUGUGACCACUCGGACGACUGCGGCGACCACUCGGAUGAGCUCGGCUGCCAGGCGGGUAACGACCACUGCGGCACGGACCGCGGCGGCUGCAGCCAGCACUGCUCGGACCUGGCCGAGGGCAGCGGCUACAUCUGCCACUGCUACCGCGGCUUCCGCGCCGCGCCAGACAACGCCAAGGUCUGCGAGGACGUCGACGAGUGCCGGGAGUUCAGCCACAACUGCUCGCAGCUCUGCACCAACCUGAACGGCACCUUCUCCUGUGGCUGCCGAGACGGCUUCAAAGAGGACGGUCUGACGGGCGUGUGCCGCGCCGCCGAGCCGCUCUCCCUGCUCUACUCGACCGGUCCCGAGAUCCGCGGGUACCGGCCCACCAAUACCCGCUCCAUGGACGUGAUUCGCGGCCAGUCGCGCGUCGAGGCCGUCGACUACCACCCCAGCAAGCACAUGGUGUUCUGGACCGACUCGUUCGAGAAGGCCAUCAAACGCUCCUACAUUCCCGGCGACAAGGCAGACGCCAACAUCGGCUUCGCACAGGACCUGGAGAUCAAAAGUAACGCCAAGCCGUCGGGUAUCGCGGUGGACUGGGUGGCCGACCACCUCUACUGGACCCAGGUGGACCGGUCGGGCAGCAAGCCGCGCGGCGCCGUGGUCACCGCCACCACUGACGGCCGCUACAAACGCAGCCUGAUCGCCACAGGUCUGGAGCAGCCGGUCUCGGUGGCCGUCGACCCCGAGGAGGGCGUCAUGUUCUGGUCGGACGUCGGCAGCAUCCCCAAGAUCGAGUCGGCCUGGAUGGACGGCAGCAAGCGCCGGCUGCUCGUCAGUGACAAGGUGGAGCACCCGACCGGUCUGACGAUCGACCUGGCCAUGGACCACAUGGUGUACUGGGUGGACACCAAGCUGAACCUGGUGGAGGCGAUGCGCGAGGACGGCUCGCGCCGGCGCACCAUCAUCUCCGGGGAGCAGCUGCAGCACCCGUUCGCCCUGGACGUGUUCGAGAGCUCGGUCUACUGGGUGACCCGGGACUCGGGUGACAUUUUCCGUAUGGACAAAUUCGGCCGCGGUGUGCCCGAGAAGGUCAAGGGAGACCUGGCCAACCCGACGAGCAUCCGCGUGCUGCAGCCGCUCCGCUACAAUACGUCAGUGUCGAGCCGGUGCAACAGUAACCCGUGUUCGCACCUGUGUCUGCUGAUUCCGGGCGGCUACCGGUGUUACUGUCCGGACAACACCCAGCUGCGGGACUCCUCCGGUCACAUCUGCAACGCCGCUCUGGAGGCGGCGCGGCCGUCGCCGACCGUGUGUCGCUGCCAGAACGGCGGCGUGUGCACCGUGCCGGACGGCUCCGCGGCCGAGCCCAUCUGCGAGUGUGAGGACCAGUUCAGCGGCCCGCUCUGCGAGACCUACGUGGCCAAACAGAGGGUCCACACCUCCGGCGGCACGAACCCGGCGGCGUACAUCAUCCCGAUCCUGCUGAUCGUGCUGAUGGUUGGCGCCGUGGUCGGCUACAUGGUGGUGAAGCGGCGCGGCGGCGGUAAGAUGGUGUCGGGCGGCCUGCCGGGCGGCUCCACCAGCGUCUCGUUCCGACCGGGCACCAAUGUCGAGUUCGGAGCCAACGGCGCCUCCGGGCCCGAGCCUCUGGACGCCGGCAUUGACCUGGGCGGCAUUGACGGCAAGACGAGGAACUUCAGUAACCCCAUGUACGACACGAUGGGCAGCCUGGAGGCCAACGGCGACCAGGCGGCCACGGCCGCCGUGUACGAGGUGCCGUCCGACAUCAAGUCGGACCCGGCUGUACUGGCGCCGUCCAGCGUCGAGACGGCUGCCGCGGCGCCCGUACCUCGCACCCGGGAGACCAAGCCGGCCACCUACGACUCCGGCAAGGACACCCAGCAGCUGGUGGAAGAGGACGAGUACGACUGCUAGCGACAUCUCGGGGCCGAGCGAUGAACUAUAGGUGCCGCCGGUGUCCGCCGGGCGGCGGCGGCGCGGUGCAGUGGUGAGCCCCGGCGGCGGGCUGGACGGACCCAGUGAGCAGACUGCGCCGCGGGCCGCCGAGACCGGCGCCGGCUCCGCAGCUUGUUACUGCAGUGAGUGAUCAUUGGUGAACUGUGUUAUUAUCAAUUGUGUUGUAAUAUUUUAUCCCCCAUUCCAUAGCGAGUCUCGGCUGUUCUUUUUUAAUGCGUUGUUGACUUUGCGUACAUCUCGAUCUCAUCAACGCAGACUUUGCUAGUGCGGCACUCUUUUAACGUGGCUGUUGGCUCGGUAGUGUCUUCUGUUCGCUCCUGUAUCGGGCUGGGUGGCUGGGGUUUAACCGUGUGACCGGGCGGCCGAGCCCGUCCGACCGUCCGCGGCGGCCGCCGAGUGCGCGCCGCCCCGACCGAUUCCGUCCAGCGCGCGCGUACCGCCGCGCCGAGACGGCUGUGCACUCCGCCUGACCUGCUAUGCAAGCGUCAUUGUUCACCGGGAUAUCCGAGAGAGUGCGUGUGAGAGAGAGACGGAGAGAGCCCGAGUGAGAGCGACAGAGAGAAACAGAUUAUAAUGCAUUGUUUUUGCGAAAAUGUAUUGCUGUCAAUACAAGUGGUUACGUGAUGAGGGACA